UGAAAAAGUUGAAGAAGAAAAAUGUCUCGUUUAGUCUACCCGCCGACGUUGGAGCAGCUACAGUACUGGCACAAUCGGUGACCUUGGGCAUGAUUGCUGGCUGGCCAACAGUCAGUGUACCUCUAUUACUUGCCGGUCAUGGCCCUGUUUCUACCACACCUGAUCAGGUUUCCUGGCUGACAACCCUUCACUUCCUGGGCAACCUCCUAAGCCCAGUACCAGCCGGCUACCUGAUGGACCACUGGGGUCGACGUACCACUCUGACGGUGGCCUCCAUCCUGCCAGUGGUGGCGUGGCCUGUGGUGGCCCUGUGUGACACCACCACUCAGCUGGUGGUGGCCUGGUUUGUGGUGGGCAUGUGGUCUGGUGUCGUCUACACUGUGGUGCCUGUCUAUCUGGGGGAGAUUGCCAAGCCGCAACAGAGAGGGUUGUUGGGGACUCUCUUCUCAGCUGCUAGACGCCUUGGAGCCGCAACCGAGUUUGUCCUGGGGCAAGUUCUCACCUACCGCCAGCUGGCCCUUAUUUCGGCCCUUCCCGCCAUUCUAUCGGCCCUACUGCUGUUGAGGGCCCCCGAAUCGCCCUACUACCUGCUCAGACGACGAAGGGACAGGCAGGCUGCAGGUGAAGCCCUUAAACAGCUGAGACCGAUGCAUGAGUCGCAUGACCUUGAACGGGAGCUGGAUGACAUUGAGAGGUUCGUCAACGAGCGUACUAAGGGAGGUUAUAGGUCCCUGAUAGCGACCGGAACCGGGAGACGAGCCCUUUUCGUGAUGGAAGCUCUAGCAAUACUCCAGCGCCUCUCCGAUACGGGAGCUGUCAUGGGAUAUAUAGCGGCUUCCCUACCUCCUCGUCCCUUGCCUUUCUUAGAGAAACAACAUGCUGUGAUGGGGUUGGAAGCUGCUAAGUUGUUCACAGGACUUAUAUCUACUUUGGUCAUCGACCUCUUUACGAGAAAAUCUCUGAUGCUGACUGCUUCUCUGGCUUGCACGGCAGCCAUGUUCUGGUCAGGUACCUGGUACCUCCUCGUACCUACAGGAACCUACAACCUGCACUCCACUAACUACGAUCUCCGCACAGGUACAGCGUGGAUGCCCUAUGGAUGUCUGGCCCUCCACCAAGCCGGCUACAGUCUGGGACUGAGUCCAGUGUUCUGGAGCUUGCGGUCUGAGUUGUUUCCCAUGGCAGUGAAGGCUCAGUCAUCGGCCAUUACUACCACUACACUGGCACUUGUAGCCUGUGUGGUCAACAGAAUGUUUUUCAUCAUUGCUCAGGAGUUCGGAAUCUACCUAAACUACUACAUCUUCUGUAUCAGCUGUCUGCUAAACGCACUAGUGACUGUGUUCUUCGUGGUGGAGACGGGUGGAAAAACGCUGAGUCAGAUUCAGGAUGACCUUGACGAGGCACCUUCCAAGGACAAUGACGCAUCAGCUGAUACGAGGACACAGAUACCAGCUGUUUGAUCCAGGAAUGACCAUGAAUUGUAUAAGUCAAGGGCAAGGAAAGAUCAGCUGAUAUGAGCACUCAAAUACCAGAAGUUUGAUUCAAAGAUGACCUUGGAAUAGUAUAAGUCAGGGGGUACUGUUUGAACCAGGAAUGACCUUGAAACUGUAUCCAUGAAGACAAGAAAUAUCGUUGAUUGAGGACUCAGAGUUUGAUUAUGCAAAGCUGAUUCGCAGGGUUCUUCAAAAUCUCAGGGUGUAAUCUAUAGGUACAGUAAUGUACUGUACAUUCUUGGUACUACACUCAUCUUUAUUCACACUGUGAAUAUGAAGUUGAGUAUUCUUGUACUAUACAAGCCAACUGUGAUAUAUGCAAUAUUAUAUAGUGUAUUUUAAUAUGAUGUAUUUUGUGUAUAUAUCGUGCCAUGUAUUUAUGAAUAAAGUACAAAUAUGUCUAA